AUGGGAGAAGAAUCGAAGCGACUCAUUGGCCAUCUGCUGGCCAGUGGCACUUCCAAAGAACAAUGGAUCCAGCUAGCAGGCUCUACUUGGGACUCAGAGCACGAGAAGCUUCAGCAGCACGCUCUAGCAACUCCAGCCUCGGCUGCGUCGAUUCCAACUCCUCCAGCCGUUGCGACACCUGCCUCAACUGCGAAGAGCGAAACGACCCAGUGGGCUUGUCCACGAUGCACCGGCAAGUUCGGAGAGCCGAAGACCUUUCCUCGCAAAGCCGAGCUCAUCCGCCACAUCAUGCACAAAUGCGAGCAGACAAUCGAGAUACUGUGUAGCGAAACAAGCUGUUCUGCGAGGCUCACUAGCACGGAUCAUCUGAAGGAGCAUAUGCGCAAAAUACAUCAUCUGAACCCUGAUGAAGUCUCGGCAAAGGCGAGUACCGCCACGAUACUCAAGCUUCCUCAACGCGCCGCUCUAGGAUGUGGCUUCUGCAGGGCAGUCUUCAUCAACACACCAGAAAAAUACGGCGAGCACAUCGCCGCACACUUCAAGCAUGGCUCCACAGUCGCCGAAUGGUCGUUCACUACGCAAGUCCUGAGCUUGCUAUACCAGUCGAAAGACGUUUAUCGUGCUUGGGUGCAGGUCCUCGUGGACCGACUUCCAGGCGUGGAGCAGCCGGAGCAAUUUCUAAAGUUCACCAAAGAAACAGCAGCAAGCUUCAUUGGCAUACUCGAGAAAGGGCUUGAUGCGGAAACUCUUUGA